GAAAAUUUACUUUUGAUUUUUUAAUUUCAAGGGGACUCGAAAUUUUUUGAUCGUCAUGAAUUUUGUGCUAGUUGUUGCAGUUAUGAUAUCUUGCGGUGUCUUAUAUGAGACAUCCGCAACUCUCAUUCCACCACCGUGUAAUGCACCCUGCUUGAACCCAAAGCUAGCUCUCUACCAGAAAUUCCCUCUGUGCUAUUCCCUCAAGGCCAAACUAUGCAAACGUGUCUGUGAUCCACUGAAACAAGUACCUUUGUGCCCCACGCCAGAACCACCCAGUGCUGUCCCAUGCCUGGCAGCACCACCAGUUGUUUAUGCUCCUGCACCGGCUCCAUGUGCUCCCGCUGCACCACAGGUAGUCUAUGCUCCCGCACCUGUUCCUUGUGCUCCAGCUACACCGCAGAUAGUCUACGCACCAGCUCCUGUAGCUCCAGUGGUUGCUGUAUCUCCAGCACCUGCGCCUGCAUGUCUGCCAAUUCCUCCGCAGUAUGUUCCAGCACCGCCAGCUUACACUUGUGUCUAAAAAAUGUUUUUUGUAUUUAAUGUAAUAAUUCUAUUCUCAAAAUGUUAUAAGAUUGUUAAUAUAAUAUAAGGCCAUCAUAUCUCCUCAGUUUAUUUAAACUAUUAUAUAUCGGAUGGUUUAUCGAAGUUGAAAACAUGAAAUUCCUUGCAAAUUUUGAACUGUCCAAAUCUUGGCU